CAUGGAAGAACAGAGGGACACACACACACACACACAGAAAACUCCCCUCAUUAACUAAUGAGCAGAAUGUCAGCGACUGCCUGCACACACACACACACACACAUACUGAUUAUCUCAUCCUGUAAUCGAGUGUCAUCGCCCCACUGUGCUCUUCUCACACAGCUGUAUCCUCUCUCUUCAUUCAUGAAGUGAAACUAUUUUCGUGGCUGACUCCUCUCUUUCUCUCCAGCAUGGAAGCGGUGGCACUUUUCUCUUUCACAGCAUCAGAAGCGGACGAGAUCAGCUUUCACAAAGGGGACGUUAUCAAGGUGACAGAAAUGGAGGAUGAUUCUUGCUGGUUCACAGCAGAGAUCCAGGGGAAGCGUGGCUUCGUGCCAGAGAACUACAUUUCCCUCCUUCCUCAUCCGUGGUUUGCAGGACCGGUGUCGAGACUUGAGGCUGAGCAGCGUCUGCGCUGGCAGGACACCGGAGUGUUCCUGGUCAGGGAAAGCGAGUCAGCUCCAGGAGAGUUUUCUGUCUCCGUUAGCUAUGGUGACCGGGUGGAACAUUUCCGAGUUCUCGAGGGUGGCGGUCAGUACUGCAUCUGGGACGAGUCCUUCUGCUCCCUCAACCGGUUGGUGGAUUUCUACAGGACUCACAGCAUCGCCGUGGAGAAAGUGGUCUGCCUCAGAGACCCUCCAACAGACACGUCCCCUCGCCUGCUGUCCCACUCUGGACGUAACCCUUAUCCCAACCCCUACAUAAGCAGCUCUCAGGAGUCUCUCCGCUCAACCCGCCUCUGCUCUCACCCCUCUCACCCCUCUCACCCGCCGAGAGAGUCCUCCCCACGUCUGCAGGAACCAGUUUCGGGGAAACCUCGCCUGGCUCACGCCCUCUGUGACUACACCCCAGCUCAAACCGCCCACCUCCACUUCCUGCGUGGUGACAUCAUCGACCUGCUGGACUGCUCCGGUUCGCUGAGCUGGAGAGGGCGCUGUCAUGGACGAGUCGGAGUCUUUCCGCCAGACUACGUCCAACCGCUGUACCACUGACACCAUAUCAAACCACCGACCGUCACUCCAAUCACUGAAACGUAUCUGUCAGGCUGUAGAGACUGACCUCGCUUUUAUCCAGUGAGUGAAGUAGUGUUGAAACGAUUACUCAAUUAUUCAAUUCGAUUCCAUUAUUCGAUUAAUCCAUCUACAGAUAAUUAAUCAAUAAAGCAAUUUUGAUAAUCGGUUAAAGGUCAAAGUUCCCAAAGUUGAGAAAUUUCUGUUUUUUUGUUGUUUUUCUCUGUGCUCUUCUUACUGUUUUGAAGUGGGCGGGGCUCAGUUGGAAAAGAUGAUGUCACAUGAUUCAGUGCACCAAUCAGGAUUCAGCAACAUUUAAAUCGUAAUCGUGUGACAGUUGGUGGGUUGUUUGGUCGCUGUCAGUCAAAUUUUAUCAAACCUCACCCACAAAAUCAUGAGUUUUUGAGUAAUACUCUGAAUAAAUCCUACAUAAAUAUAUAUAUUUUUGCGUGUUUAUUUAGUUAUAAAUACAACAGAUGAAAAUUAGCCUCCUAAGCUAACGUUUGAGUUCUUUCUUUCUUUUUUCUGUUGAUCAGAGAGCAUUGUCCCUGUCAAAUAAAUUAAUAAAUAUUAGUGUUAUAGAGAAAUACUACUAGUUUUCAGGGACUUUCAUGAUUUCAGUCAGAUCUCAAGCAAAAAUUCCAAAUAUUUGUUGGUUCCAGCUGCUUAAAUGCGAAGAUUUGCUGCCUUUCUGUUUUAUCCACAGGAAAACAGUGGAAAAAGGCUUCCUAAGCAGGCCAGGAAAGAGGUAUUUUCUCUGUUUUAGAUAAACUGAAUACCUUGGUCAGACAAAACAAGCUUUUCAAAGACUGUGUGUUUUAUAUUUUUCUGACAUUUCACAGACUGACUUAUUAGUUAAUCAAAAAAAAUUAUUGACUUGAGUUGAGUAAUCAAUAAUGAAAAUAAAUGUUGCAGCCCUGAAGUGAAGUGUUCAACUAGUCUUUUGAGCCCUGCUAUCCUGCUUUUACCAACUGCUUGUAUUGAAAACGUAAAUGAAGGAACAUUUGUAUACUUUUAUUUACCAUCUUGUCUGUCUUGUCCCUCGGGCCUCCGUCACUGAAUUCAGGUCCCACGCAAACAAAUCGUAGUGUUAUUUUUGAUUCUGGUUUAAAAUUUGACAAACAAAUCAACUCAGUUGUCAGUAUUGGCUUCUUCCAUCUUAGAUCACACACGGUUAAAAACGAAAGCUGAUCGAGCAUUUUCAGUUGUCGGCCCUAAUAAAAACGAUUAGAUCUUCUCCCUCCAUUGAUAUCUUUAAAACCCGUCUAAAGACCCGUCUCUUCUCUUUAGACUGUUAAUUAUCUUCAUGAAGUCACACUCUGGCUUUUAUUUGUUUGUAUUUAUUUAUUGUUUGUGCAAUGUUUGUGUUGUAAUUUUAUCUGAUUUUCUAUCUUAUCUGUGACUGUGCUGUUUAUUUUUGAUUAUUUGUUUUUGUUUGAUUGUAACCAUCAAUCAAAUAAUCCCAUAGUUUUAUUCUCUCUGUAAAGCACGUCUGUUGUUUUUAAAUGUGCUCUAUAAAUAAACUGACUUGACUUGA